CAAAUGCUUGUAUUUGCUUCAAUUAAUCGAUUCUUUUUUAGUUAUUACAGAAAUAAACGUCAAAAGAAUCGUUAUCGAUUUAGUAUAAUUUUUUAUCAUUUUCCUCAUGUUCAUAAAUUAUGUUUUAUAUCAUCUGUACUAUGUGCAUUAAUAUCAAUUCAUCAUAUUUUAAAUUUUACAAUCCUGUCGGCUUCUGAAGGUUGUAUUCCACGUAAUAAAAUUCUUUGGGUUGUAUGGAUAUCAGUUAUUCAUUGUUUUCUUCUACCAUUAUUUAUGAUUAUAUUUGGAAUAUUAACAUUAAAUAAUCUUCGACACUCAUCUAUUUUUUGUAUUUGUUUUAAACGAUAUAAGGAACAUGCAAAAAAAGAUCGUUUUACACAAAUGUGUUCACAUUGUAUACGUUGUAGAAAUUCUGUUCAACAAAAAAUCGAUAAACAAUUAACGUCGAUGAUUAUAAGUGAAAUUAUUGUUAAUGUAUUUACUUUAUUACCAUAUGGUACAUAUACAUUAUAUCAUUUUCUAUACGAAAUACAAGUUGGAAAAAGUAAAAAUCAUUCAUAUAAAACUGAAUGGAUAUCAUUUUUUAUUCGAAUGAGUAUGUAUUUUGAAGCUAGUUGUGGUUUUUAUAUUUAUUUAAUAACAUUAACAACAUUAAGAAAACGUUUUUGUAAAAUAUUUACUAAAAAAUUAACUUUAAUAUUAACCUAUUUUUGCUAUAAAUAA